AAGCUAACGUUACAGUGACACAUCUGAGGCAAGACUGGUCCUGACCACAAUGCAAUGGGGUGUAUGUUUCUAUCGGCAAGACACGUGCAAGUGUCUCCGCUGAGUUGAGGCAGUAGGUUUUGUUCGAACUUAAAGGGAAAUGAAACAAAUGAUAAAAUAAGCAUUCCUCUUUACAUAGUUGUUCCACUAACCGUUGAAAGUUUUGUCUGUGGCCCUGAGCACCAAGCUGUCAUAUCCAACCCGGGCAGUAAAACACUUCAGCCCAAUGCAUCAAUAGAUUAAAACAAUUCUGUAUUUUCAUUAAUUAAUUCAUUCAGUCAUUCUUCUGGAUAAACUCCACCGGAUUUAUUUUGAAAUGCAGUCAAGAGCGAUGCUGGUAAAAAUCUGUUCGCGGUAUUGGAGGAUAUUGAGCCACCCAGAAUCAUUUCUAUGCUGCAUUGGUCUAUCGUGCUCCUCUGACGAGAUGUGAUAGGCUGUAGCGUACUGUUGCCUUGAUAAUGUAUCCAUCUGCACUGGUUGUCCAAAAUUACAUUUUAUCCAGGUCUAAUAGCUCGCUAUAGAAAUGACCUAGCAUCAGGCAGAGCUUUCGUAAGGUAGCCUAUAACGACGUAGCCCAUUUUUCAUGGUUUAAAUGCAGGUUAUUUUCCGCGUUUAAUAUGUUUCCAUCUUGUUAUUCUAACUUGCCCAAAAACGGCGCUUAUGCAAACACGUCUGUCACUAAGGUGGCCGUGGGAGUGUUCGUCGUGUAUGUACUGCAUACCUGCUGGGUCCUUUACGGAUUUGUUUAUACAAAACCCUGUGACACCAGAGGUGACAGCUGCAUUACCCCGUAUUUUGCUGAGAACCCUCAGCUGAGCAUUUUCGUAACAUUAGAUCCCAGCGAUGUGGAAGGACACAGCCUGCUCCAUCAGGAGAACGAGUUUGAUAUCUUCACUAAAUUCGAGAGAAAAGUGAACGUGCCACUCCCAAAGGCAACCAGAAGCAACGGAACUUUGUUCGCAGUAAUAUAUGUGCAUAGUGGUAGUGGCGCUCCUUGGGAGGAUAGCCGGCAUGCGAGCUAUGCAACCCGGCUCACCUCUUACACAACACGACAUCCACCUGGCAUGACCGCUAGCCUGAGUGAAGACACUGCACAGGAAGAGGAUGAGGAGCAGCAGCCGGCUCCUGGUUCUGUGUCACCUGCGCCCGUCUCCCUCUGGCACUCCCGUCUCUGCCUCAGCAUCAUGGCGGAGAAGUUCAGCUUCAGCAAAGGGGCUGUGCCUAGCGAUGUACGGCGCUAUAUGAAAGGGAUGAAAAAAGAAGAUGUAAAAAAGAAGAUGUAUUUGCCCUUCAUGGUUGUCGAUGAGUUGCAGAUCAGAAUGAAGGACUUUCUUGAGAUAAAUGAGUCUACCACAGAAGUCCAUUUGACUGUAACCUAUGAAAACAUCUCUCUAAGGAAAUUUAGAUUGUGGAGCCAUAUGAGAGAUGUAGUCUAUUCUCUAAAACAUUUUGGAUUUACAGAGCAUCAGGUUGAUGAAUUCAAAGGUGUGAUUACGGACACAAACGUAUACAUAUUGGCUCUCACCAUUUUUGCAGCUAUACUUAAUCUUCUGUUUGAGUUCCUUGCUAUUAAAAAUGACAUCAGCUUCUGGAGGAAGAAAACUACCAUGGCUGGCAUGUCUAAAAGAUCAGUGCUGUGGCGCUGUUUCAGCACACUGGUGAUUUUCCUCCACCUGCUGGUGAAGCAGACCAACUGGCUGCUCCUCAUCCCCACUGGAGUGGGAGUGGUGCUUGAGCUUUGGAAACUUAAGAAGGCUUUCAGCAUCCAGGAUGACAAAUUUGAUGAACCAGAGAGAUUGACAACAGGAUAUGAUUCACAGGGGAUGAGAUUUCUGUCAUAUCUGCUGUGUCCUGUUUGCAUCAGUGGAGUCACUUACUCCCUCUUGUACUUGAAGAACAAAAGUUGGUAUUCUUGGUUUCUCAGCAGCCUCAUUACGGGAGUGUAUGCUUUCGGCUUUCUCUCUGGAUGUCCUCAGCUCUACGUGAACUACAAGUUGAAAUCGGUUGAACAUUUACAGUCUUCAAUUUACAUGUAUAAGGGGUUGAGUACCUUUAUCAAUGACAUCCUCAGCACUGUCCUUACGGUGCCAACCCACCCUCUGGCCUGCUUCAGGGAUGAUGUCAUCUUCCUCCUUCAUCUUUACCAGAGGAGGCAGAAGGAGGACGUGCUGAAGUCUGAUUGUUCAGGAUCUUACAAGAAGUGUGACUGGAGUAUGAAGCCCAAACAAGCUGCUCCUGCUUGUAUCCAUAUUCCAGAACCUUCUUGCCCUAGCAUGCUGUUCUGA